GAUGAUUUUUUACCAUAUUCACAUAUGGAUCGAGUAGAUUUAUUCUCCCCUGCUACCCUCCCAUAGUAACAGUCACAUGAUGAGACCACAGGUAGACCGUGUGACAUUCGGAAGUUCAUGCAUAAAGAAAAGCUACAAUGGCGAUAACUGGACAGCUGCCGGGUCGUUGAGAUUGAAAUGAUAUCUUACAGCCAUAUUCCAAUCGUUUCAAAGCCCGUCAAGACAGUUUACACAAAUGGAUGGAGAAAACAUAAUAAAGGAGAGCAAGGGCAUGGCAGUCAUUGAUGAAAGUAACGGCAUCAAUCUUACCAAACCUAUUUCUGACAAUUUAUGUGAUGAAAACAAUCUUGAAGAUAUAACAGAGGAGCUUCUUGGGGAAGGAAGACGUAGUCCAGAUGGUGUUAUUCCAACUCCAAUGAAAAAUGCCUCACUCUUUUCCAAGUACAUUGCAAUAUGGUGGAUGAAUAGUUUUCUAUCGCUUGGAGCCCAGAAGCCAUUGGAAGCAAGUGAUUUAUAUGGUUUAAUGCCUGAUGAUCAAACAUGUACUCUAUGUGAAGCUCUUCAAAGAGAGUGGGAUCUUGAAGUUAAAAACAGCAAGAAGACAAAMAAAAAGCCAAGUCUUUGUAGAGCCUUGGUUAGAGCCUUUGGCAAAGGCUACAUGCUUCUUGGACUGCUUGCUUUUGUUUCUGAUGGCAUAAGGAUUGCUCAAUCAAUGUUUCUUGGACAACUUGUUCAAUAUUUCACUGAGGGUUCUACCAUGCCUACAAGAGAUGCUUAUCUUUAUGCUAUUGCCAUUGGUUUGUGUGGUUUAUUAAAAACAUUAUUCAACGCUCCCUUCUCUUUCUUAAGAAAUACUUAUGGGAUGAGAGUAAGGGUUGCUUGUACCUCACUCAUAUAUGAUAAGACAUUGAAGCUCAGUAAUGCAGCGCUUGCAUCAACAACAACUGGUCACAUAGUUAACCUGGUUUCAGCAGAUACWCAAAAGUUUGACUGGGCUGCACCAUAUCUGCACUAUCUAGUUCUUGGUCCCCUUGAGGUGGUMAUAGUUCUURUCCUGUUAUGGUUCCAAAUUGGUGUGUCUGCAAUUGCUGGGAUCGGUUUGCUAAUAGCUAUGGCUCCAAUGGAGAUGAAAAUCGGUAAUCUACUGAUGUCACUAAGAACCAAGGCACUCCAUUGGGUGGAUGAAAGAGUCAAGAUAUUGAAUGAAGUUAUAGCUGGAAUGAAAGUCAUAAAAAUGUACACAUGGGAAGAAUCUUUCUCUGAGUGGAUAACCAGAAUAAGAAAUAAUGAACUACUGUGGUUCCUGAAGGUGAACUUGUGUCAAGGAGCAUUCUCUGCAUUCUUCUUUAGUUCUCUUCCACUCAUUUGCUUYUUUUCUUUCUUUACCUUUGUCAUGGUUGGGGAGGUUUUAACACCAUCCAUUGUCUUCACCUGUGUGUCUUUGUUCAGUGCUGUACGACUUGCAAUGGCACUCCAAUUCCCCAUUGCCAUCACCCUGAUAAAUGACUCCAAAGUGUCACUGAUACGAAUGGAGGAACUGUUGCUUCUUGAUGARAUGCACUCUGAAGGACUUCAUAUGUCACAGCUUAGACCAAAACCAGAAGACUGUGAGAUUAAUAUAACAAGCAUAAUAGCAUCCUGGAAUAAGAAACUGCCCACUCCUACCCUAGAKGGGAUAUCAUUCAAAGUGUCUGCUGGAGAAUUGUUAGGAGUAGUUGGACCAGUAGGAUCAGGAAAGUCAUCCCUACUGAUGGCCAUUCUUGGUGAGCUUCCAUURACAUCAGGUUCUAUCAAUAUCAAAGGCAAAGUUGCCUAUGCUUCUCAACAAGCUUGGAUCUUCAACAGCUCAGUACGUCAUAAUAUCAUAUUUGGUAAGGAUUACGAUGAGCAUCGAUACAAUCAAGUGAUAAAGGCUUGUGCUUUAGAKUUGGACCUUCAGCUUCUUAGUGAUGGAGACCAGACACUUGUUGGAGAACGUGGUGUCUCACUAAGUGGAGGACAGAAAGCAAGAUUAGGGCUGGCAAGGGCUGUGUAUUCAGAUGCAGAUGUAUUCAUUCUUGAUGACCCACUAAGUGCAGUAGAUGCCAACGUUGGACGACAUCUUUUUGACAAGUGCAUCAAUGGAUAUCUCGCUAAAAAAGCACGCAUUCUUGUAACACACCAACUUCAAUUUGUGAAGGAAGCGCAAACCAUACUUUUCUUAAAUAAAGGGAAAUGUGAGGCACAUGGUAGUUUUGAAGAACUCUCUCGCUCUGACCUGGAUUUCAUUUCACUCCUAAAAGAUGCAAAGAAAGAUGAGCAAGACCAUGAUGGCAGUCAAGCAGAUAGUUCAAAGUUUGCCAGGCAAAUCAGCAGACAAUCAGAGCUUAGUGUAUGCUUACGGAGUAAUAAACUUGUUGAAAGUAAUCUCUCCGUUAUGUCUGCAAUUACUUCUCCUUCAUCACUUCAUCAGGAAGAAAUAUUACCCGAAGAAACCAAGCAAGAGGGUGCUGUCAGUGCCAAGACGUACUUAGCGUACUUGCGGUCUUUUCAUAAUCUAGGCAUGGGUCUGUUUGUUUUGUUCCUUUUCGCGGUUUGCCAGGUUGUUGCCAUGUUGUGUGAUUUCUGGUUAGCAGAAUGGUCGACUAAAGAAGAAUUGUAUCAUCUGCAAUUACAGGCCUGGAAUAGUUCUUCAAACCAUUCAACCCCAACCCAACCUGACCGUGAUAUGUACCUAGGGAUYUACGCWGCWCUUGUMUUUGGUUUGCUGAUYCUGUGUUUGAUUUGUACUGAGUUAUAUUACGUCAUGGCAAUUGUAGCUUCAAGGAAUCUACAUGGCAGAAUGUUGGACAGUACAAUGAGAGCAACCAUGUAUUUCUUCGAUAAUAAUUCUAUAGGGCGAAUCUUGAACCGAUUUGCUAAAGAUAUGACUUUUGUAGACGAUAACAUAUCAUGGCUGCUUUGUGAUUCCUUACAGACAGGAUUUAUGUGUUUGGGUAUCAUGUUCCUUAUUGGUGUCACCAUCCCAGUCACUUUAGCCGUUGUGUUUCCUGUUCUUGGUAUUUUUGUGUACUAUAGAAAUUAUUUCAUGAAAUCUUCACGAGAAAUUAAGAGAAUCGAAGGAAUAAGUCGUAGUCCACUUUUUGGUCAUUUUUCCACCACUCUUCUUGGAUUGGAUACCAUUCGUUCUUUUGGUGCCCAGGAAACAUUCAAAGACCAGUUCAUGUCCUUUCAAGACUCUCACUCACGUGCAUGGUUUUCGUACAUCUCUGGUCAAGCCUGGUUGACAUUUCGAUUGCAAAUCCUCUGUGUGUGUUUCCUAACGUUUGUUGCUGUUAUUUCUCCAGUUAUCAGAGAUGUUCUAGGUUUGAGCGCAGGCAUUGUUGGUCUCAGUCUUACRUACUCCAUUAUGCUGACUUCAGCUUUUCAACCAUUCAUUGAAGAGAGCGCUGAAGUUGAAAACAUGAUGACGUCAGUAGAACGUAUUGAGGAGUAUUGUCACCUUGAGUCUGAAGGGSCGUCAGUAACUGACRUCAAACCAUCUAAGGACUGGCCAAGUCAAGGACGAAUUGAGUUCACUGAUAUGAGUUUUGCUUAUCACAAAACACUACCAACUGUGCUGCGUCAUAUUUCCUGUGUAAUAAAAUGCAAAGAAAAGAUCGGCGURGUUGGUAGGACKGGUGCCGGAAAAUCAUCGUUAUUGUCCACAUUGUUYCGCUUAGCUGAGCCCAAAGGUGUCAUUUCAAUAGAUGGCGUCGACAUACGGGAUAUUGGUUUGAAGGAUUUGAGAAGUAAACUCUCUAUAAUACCACAGGAACCUGUUCUGUUUAGUGGGACAAUGCGCAAAAACCUCGAUCCAUUUAACAAUUACGAUGACGUAGAAUUAUGGAGCGUUUUAGAAGAGGUUCAUCUCAAGAAAGCGGUGGAAGAACUGCCUCAAAAACUCGACGAAGAACUUGCCGAGUCUGGAUCAAAUUUUAGUGUUGGGCAGCGGCAAUUAGUCUGUUUAGCGCGCGCCAUUUUGAGACACUCGCGCAUUUUAGUCAUCGAUGAAGCAACUGCGAACGUGGAUCCCCAAACAGAUUCAUUUAUCCAACAAACAAUAAGAGAGAAAUUCAAAGAGUGCACUGUACUGACUAUCGCUCAUCGUCUUCAUACCAUAGUGGACUCGGACCGUGUUAUGGUUCUCGACGCAGGGCGUCUUAAAGAGUUCGAUGCGCCAUACAUCCUUCUACAAAACCAUAGCAGCAUAUUUAGCCAGUUAGUCGAGAACACAGGGCCAACAGAGGCCAAGCGUCUACAUGACUUAGCAAAGGAAGCGUACACUGACAAUACUAAGACCAUACACGAGGCAGAAGAUGAGGGUCAAAACUUUGAURUAACUCAAGAGAACGAUGAUGUAACAGUAGUCGUACCGAACGCCGAUAAUCCAGGAACAAAAUUAAUAUCAGCAUAAGAGGGUUUUUAUACAAGAAAUAUAUAUUCCACGUAGAUUGAGUUUAUUACUGAAAUAUGUUCGACUACCAGGUAGUCUACAUCUGUUGUGUUAGCUAUUGUCAUUAGAGCCCACCCCUAGAGAUAUAUAUAUUCGAAUUUUUACUCCAYUUUCUCUUUUAUUUCGUUUAUUUUUUGAUAAAAAAUACCCGCUAUUUAUGUUAGUUUUAAGUGUACUUUUUAUAUAUUUAUUAUAUAUAUUUGGGGCGUUUGAGGUGUCGGGCGUCAUAGGGUGCAAAUUCCUUCCUUCCUGGAAGAGGUCUUAUUCCAUGAUGCCUGAAACACUAACUCAAACCACACCCGCCUGUAUUGAUAUUAUCAAAGGAAAAAUUGUCACUUUUAAUGCCAAGAUGUUUUGUGUAGGAUAACUUAUUACCAUGGAUUGUAAAGAAUGGUCAUUAAAUUCAACUGGUUCAUUGUGACUGAA